AUGCUUUCUCUCCCCGGCCCUUCUUCUUCUUCUUCCAAAGCCGGGCUCACGCCUCGAUUAACCAAGCCCGGCUAUAUCUGCUCGCCCUCCAUCGAGCAGCUCGCGCAGCUCCUCGACGAAGAGCUCCGCAGUGUGACGUUCUCCGUGAAAGUCCGCGGCGUGGCGAAGAUUCGAUGGCUGGAGCCCGUCGAUCUGCGAGGCCUCGAUUUGGAUGCGAUUUUGGAGAUCGGAAAGGAGAACGACAUUCCCUACGUGGAAGUGUGCUGCGAUCAUGGCUUGGGUGGAGUGAUGGAGCCCAAUACGGGGCUGAAUAAGAAGGCGCAGAUCACGUUUUAUAAGGUUUUGAACAAGAACGAACCCACAGAAGACAUGACGGAGUUUAUCAGAGAACGCACGGAACAGAUGGGAGCUGAGUUUGUUUCGUAUGAUCCAAAGAGUGGAAAGUGGGUUAUCCUACUUUUGGGAAACGUUUGUAAGGUAUGA